AUGAUCUUGUCAACCAAGCACACUGUGCUUGUUAUUAGUAUUAAUAACAUUAUUCUCUUGUUGAAUAUAAACGGGAGAUUGUGUAAAUGGAGUACAUGUACAAGACUGCUGAGGCCAAUUAAGGUGGGACAGUCUUCUGAUCUAAAAGUUGGCCAGCAGUGUUUAGCGAUCGGAAACCCAUUUGGAUUUGAUCACACUCUGGCAGUUGGAGUUAUUAGUGGACUAAAUAGAGAAAUUAACAGCCAAGCUGGAGUUACAAUCAGUGGCGGAAUUCAGACAGAUGCAGCCAUCAAUCCUGGUAACAGCGGAGGCCCCCUACUCGACUCUAAAGGAAAUUUAAUUGGGAUUAACACUGCAAUAUAUACUCAAACAGGUGGAAAAGUUCAAGUAGCAGUAGUAAACCCUGCAAAGUAA